ACAUCCACGACUAAAAAACAUCAUGAAUAAUAUCAAAAGUUACUUCACUCCGUCUCUCGAGAAGAUGGAAAUGAACGAGAAAGGGAAUAAGAGUUCUACAAACAAGAAUUUGUGAAAUCUCGCGAUUUUCACGAUGUCGAGAAGGCAACGAGACAUUAAUACGUGCAUCGAUUUAUCACCGCUAGAUGGGUCUGUGUGUAUUUAGAAUGCCUAGUGAAAUGUAAGUUAAAGCCAUUGAAAGUUUAUUUCGUCUUUUACUUUCUUCGUCUUUACAGAUGAUUCCAGAUGAAUUACUCGGUGAUGUCACAAGUUGUGUCCGUAUUGAUGAAAUCGUAUAUUUUAAAGGAUCGCUGAAUUGUGAUUGUCGAUUCUUUCAGAACACAAAUAAUUAUUUAAACCAAUGAUCGAAAUUGAUGAAUAAUGUUAAUUGUUGAAUUUGAUAACUUGUAAAUACACAAAAACGCGCGCGAUCAAGAUUGUGCUUGUCAAUAAUAUUAUUCUAUUCCCAGUAUGUAUCGAGAAGUGAAUGUACAAAUUUAAAGAUACAUUUGUAACAAAAAUCUCUACGAACAAUUAUCUCGAAUUUUUACAAACAUGUUUGGCAAAGAAGCUGUCAAACUCAUAACAGAGCUCGAUAUGUAUGAAGACAUCCGUCCAUUUAAUGAGCAGCUACUGCGACAAGUUUUGGAAGAGAUGCAAAUGCUGUACGAAGCAAACUUGGUAGACAGCAACACGAUACAGAACGAAGGAAACAACGCAUUGUUGCCCUCCGUACACUUUCGACACACGGCUCUGCUAAGGAACAAAAGAUGCGUCCUGGCGUAUCUAUAUCACCGUGUCAUGCGAUUACGUCAGAUGCGUUGGGAUUUGGGCAGUAUUCUGCCGACCGAGAUAACGAGCAAUCUACUGAAUGCGGAGCUGCAGUGGUUCCAAAACUACAACAAAUCUUUAGCCACGUACAUGAGAUCGAUUGGAGACGAUCACGGAUUAAAUUUAACCGUGAACAUGAGCCCGCCGAAAACGCUCUAUGUCGAGGUAAAGUGCUUGACCGACUUCGGCAAGUUAGAGCUCGACGACGGCGAGGUAGUCACGCUCAAGAAGAACACGUAUCACCUGCUGCCGAGGGCCACGUGCGAGCCGUUGAUCAGACAAGGCGUACUCGAGCAUCACAAUGCAUAGCGAGCAAUAUUUGCGCGUAAUAUCGCAACCUGCGCAGGAAACAAUCAGGUCUCAUUGUUUCUAUCGUUUUUGCGUCGCGCCCGCCAAAUUCCAGCGCGAUAUCUCACGUUUAUCGAUUCUGCCCACAUUUUGGUGGUUUGCUUUCAGAUGAUCUUUUUUACGGUCUCUGGAUGUAACAAUAAAAAUUCAUUUUGUCAGACGA